AACAAAAUAUGCAAAAUCAAAUUUUGAUCCUUCCACGCCUCAACUUUUCAGAUUUUUCCAAUAGAGAAAAACAGGAAGAGCACUGAAAAAUGGCAGCUUCCAGAGCAUCCAAACUUUUCGCAGCAGCAGCGGAGGCGGUAGGUUCCUCAGCCCGAAAACAAGUUCUAAGCUUGACGGACGCCGCCGCUACCAGAAUCCGGGACCUCUUGCAGCAGCGCAAACGCCCUUUUCUCCGCCUCGGCGUCAAAGCUCGCGGCUGCAAUGGCUUGUCAUACACUCUUAAUUAUGCAGAUGAGAAAGGGAAAUUUGAUGAAUUAGUUGAAGAUAAAGGGGUGAAGAUAUUGAUUGACCCAAAGGCGCUGAUGCAUGUUAUUGGAACCAAGAUGGAUUUUGUUGAUGACAAGCUCAGAUCUGAGUUCAUUUUCAUCAAUCCCAACUCCAAAGGGCAGUGUGGUUGUGGAGAGUCGUUUAUGACAAGAAGUAGUUCAACAACCGCUAAAGGUGGUGGUAGUUAAGAACAAUUUCAGGUGCAUGAACAAAUAAUAUCAGACUGUACCGGUGAUAACAAUACCAAAGCAAUCAAAUUUACGUGAUCAGCAUUCCUUUUUCUCAUUUUAGAUGGAUACUGGAUAAUUUGUAGUGUACACUAUGAGGAUUAUCUCUUGUAUGUUGAGUUCAACGGUGUAGAUUUUCUAAUUUUUUGUAUCUAUGACAGUUUGAAAAUUCUUUGUUUGAAAUAAGAGAACUGGUGUACUCUUCCUUGUUGAUUA